AUGGUACAAAAAGACAUUAAGCUCUGGCCAUUCAAAGUGAUUCCUACUGCUGAUGGAGAGGAUUUCAAGAAGCUUAUAAUUGUAGUUACUUACAAGGGUGAGGAAAAGCAAUUUGCUCCAGAGGAGAUAUCGUCAAUGCUUCUCAUGAAGAUGAAACAGAUAUCGGAGGCGUAUCUUGGUUCAGAAGUUAAGAAUGCUGUUGUUACCGUUCCCGCCUACUUCAAUGAUGCCCAGCGGCAAACAACUAAAGAUGCUGGUGUCAUUGCUGGCCUAAAUGUUAUGAGGAUAAUUAAUGAGCCAACAGCAGCUACCAUUGCAUAUGGUCUUAAUAGGAAAGGUACUAGCAGUGAUGUGACAAAGAAUAUUUUGGUUUUUGACCUUGGUGGUGGAAGUUUUGAUGUCUCUUUGGUCGCAAUCAAGAAGGGUGUUUUCGAAGUAAAAGCAGUUGAGAGGAAACACAAGAAAGAUAUAAGUGCCAAUUGUAGGGCUGUUGGAAGUCUGAGAGCUUCUUGUGAGAAGGCUAAGAGACUCCUUUCUUCAACUACAGAGACUACUAUUGAGAUUGAUUGCCUUUUUGAGGCAGUAGAUUUCUCUUGUAGCAUUACUCGUGCCCGAUUUGAAAAGAUGAAUACAGAUUUGUUCCAAGAUUGUAUGUCAAUUGUUCAAAUGUGUUUGAGAGAUGUCAAGAUGGAAAAGAGUGAAAUUCAUGAUGUUCUUGUGGGUGGGUCAGCCCGAAUACCAAAGAUUCAGCAAUUGUUGCAAGAUAUUUACAAUGGAAAGGACCUUUGUAAAAGUAUUAACCCAGAUGAAGCAGUGGCGUGUGGAGCUGCAUUCCACGCUGCAAUCUUGGCUGGUGUAGGUAGUAAUAAGAACUCUGUGCUUGUGGAUGUUACUCCUCUGUCCCUUGGUAUGCAAUUAUACUUUGGUAACAUGAAAGUAAUAAUUCCUCGGAAUACGCCAGUCCCAACGAAGAUGAUCAGCAGAGUUAGUACUGCGGUUGACAACCAGAAAACUGUACAAUUUCCAGUAUAUGAGGGUGAGAGAUCCAUUGCUAAUGAAAACAACUUAUUGGGCCAAUUUUCUCUGCAUAUCCCUCCAGCACCUCAAGGCGUCCCUCAGUUUGAUGUCUGUUUCAACAUUGAUGUUGAUGGCCUAUUAACUGUGUCUGGAGAGCUUGUUGGCACGAACAACAAGGACCAAAUCACCAUCGCCAAUCACAGUGGGAGGUUAUCAAAGGAAUCGAUUGACAAGAUCAUGAAGUCUGCUCAAAAGUACAUGGCUGAGGAUGAGGAGUGCAAGAAGGCAGCCAUAGUAAAAAACAAAUUGGAGAAUUAUAUAUACGAGGUUAAGGGAACCUUAAGAGAGGAGGACGAAUUAGAAGUUGAAGAGGACAGCAAUCUUGAGGAGAAUGAUGAGUAUGCGUGUCUAGGACCGGAUGAAGGAGAAUGCUUGGUGGUUCGACGUACGCUAAGCAAUAUGUUGGGCAAAGAAGGGAGCUUGCAACGUGAGGCGAUCUUUCACACUCGUUGCACCAUUGGUGGUAAGCAAUUUUUGAAUCUCUACUCAAUAAAGGGAGCAGCAGGGACUCUUCAAAGGCCAGUCUUUCUCCGAGAUGUUCUUUCCUCUUUCUUCAAUGGCAGCAUUACGUGGAAGCAACAAGAGGAGAAAAUAGUAUUGUUGGCCAUGAAUGUGUUUGAGAAGGUUGAAGAAGGUACUUAUGGAAAGCGCCCCUCCACCAUGACUAAGGACGGUGACACUACCCCACCGCCACCACCUCCCCCUUCAACAAAUUUUCAUCCUGCUCUCUCUGUCAAUAACAUUCGGAAUGCUAUUCCUUUAACCCUUGACUAUGAGAAGGUGCAAUAUUCCAAUUGGGUGGAACUUUUUGUGAACCAUGAUGUGGCAUAUAAUAUUCUUGAUCGUAUAGACCCGACCACACCUCGUCCCUCGGAGGUUUCGGAUGCUUUAUGGGCGAGGUUGGAUGCUAUUGUCAAGCAGUGGAUAUACGGGACAAUAUCCACCGAUUUUUUUGAAACUAUCCUUUUCUCGAAAAUCCAUGGCUCUAGAACUAUGGAAUCGUAUCAAAGAGACAUCAGAGCACGUCUAACUCUCGAAAAUGCGUCGUGGCACAGACAACUCCACCCCACCGACCUCUUUUGUCGCACAACAUCAGAGCACGUCUAA